UUACCUCCACAGUUGGCGCACUUGAUGCGCGCCUCGGUGUGCACUACCUUGUCCCCCAAGUCGGCUUAAGAUUGCAGUUCUGCGAGCCGUGUCCGUAUUUUUGGCAACGGUGGCAUUGCGCUGCUUCCGUCGGGGUCUUUGAGUAAAACUGCCAGUUUUCCCAAAAAGCGCCCAUUUUCCAUCAUUUUGAUUUACUUCAUUCUGAGCAAAACAGGAAAUCCGUCAUAUAUUGAUUUUCGACAUUUCAAGAUUUUGCUUUUUGGGAUUCGGACUUAGCUUCGAAUUUCGAAAUGUGCUUGAACUCGCUAAAAAUCCAACGCAACAUUUCUUUUCUGUUUCUUGACCGUUUAAAUAAUUUUGACAAUAAUUUGUACAAAAUGUGUGUUCCACAAUGGCGCAAACAAUGUUUACCUCUAAACAGUAUGCUGCUAGAGUACCCCAAUAUUUCACAGCGUAAUCAAAAGUAAAAUUGUGUGACUUCAUGCCAGAACAAAACAAAUUAAAAAUCGAAUAACUCUUAGCAUAAUGACCUCAGAUCCAGUUUGGUUGUCGGUAACGGAUGGCCUGCUCCGGGGAAUAUCCGUAUGCAAUGAGCGCCUCUCGGACGAAACCUUCGCCAGCACCGUCGAGUAUCUGUUCCGAACCAUCGACAGCCCAAAGUCUGAUCAGCCAGCGACCGAAACAGACCUCGAAACGAUCCGCACCGCGUGCCAGCUCGACGAGCCGGAGUUCAAGCUGGUCCUGCAAACGCUGAGCUAUUUGGUGAAGCGAUCGCUCAAGUUUAUGCUGAAACCGUCGGGGCUGCAGGCCGAUCUGACCCGCUCCCGGCUCCAGCUGGGCGAGCACAAGUGCAACGCGUUCGUGCGCUGCUGGAUCGCCGCGACGAAGAUUGUACUGGACUCGUUGGACGGGGAGCAGCAGUCCAACCAGCUGGAGGAUGUUUCGUGGAAGGUUCGCGCCCAGCUGUCGUCCGAGCCACGCCAAAAGGACAAGCUGGCGCUGGGGCAGCUCGAGCUGAAGACAAGCAGUAAGUGCGUCAAUCUGGAACUGAACAGCGCGGAGAUUGUCGAGUUGUACAACCAAAUGGAGCGGAUACAGGCGGAACUGGAUGCGUUUGGUGCGAAGGCGUGAGAAUUUUAUGUUUUGAAUAAAUGGCUGUGAUAAAUCACCGUCGUGCACGAAA